AUGAACUAUAUGCUGAAAAAGACAAAAUACUCGUUUCUUUCUAUUCUUAGCAUUUCCGAGGAGAUCGAACCACAGUCACUGCAAAAGCUGAGUCUCAAAUCAGUAAAGCGAGCUCUUGAUCUUUUCUCCCCCGCUCAUGAUCAACUCGCUCCGCCUGAUCCGGAAAGCAAAAAGAUUCGGCUUUCUCACAAGUUUCAAGUUGCAUUUGGAGGUGUAGAGCCCGUGAGUAAGCAGUCUAUACGUAGAGCUGAAUAUAAUAAUGAGCAGAUAGCUUCAUCCAACGCCCUUGCCGCCCUUCCAGGUCCAGAAGGAGCCAAACAGGGCAAAGCUUUAGUUGUCGGUCCUACUUUACCGCCAAGAAGCUUGAACGACAACACCGUUCACGCAGGCAAAAGCACCACGAUUCUUCCUGCAUUCGGAUCCUCAUCUGAAAGAAACCUGUCAACUUGUGCUUUAAUGCCUAGUCGAUGGCCCCGUCCAGAGUGGCAUGCACCAUGGAAGAAUUACAGGGUGAUCCAGGGGCACUUGGGGUGGGUUAGAUCUGUUGCAUUUGACCCAAGAAAUGAAUGGUUUUGCACUGGUUCAGCUGAUCGUACCAUUAAGGUAUGGGAUGUAGCGAGUGGAGUUCUGAAGCUCACACUUACUGGACAUAUUGGGCAAGUACGAGGCCUUGCUGUAUGCAACAAAGAUGCCUACAUGUUCUCUGCUGGUGAUGACAAGCAAGUCAAAUGCUGGGACCUUGAGCAGAAUAAGGUUAUCCGAUCUUAUCAUGGCCAUCUCUCUGGCGUCUACUGUUUAGCUCUUCAUCCAACUCUGGACGUUUUACUAACCGGAGGGCGAGACUCUGUCUGCAGGGUGUGGGAUAUCCGUACGAAGAUGCAGAAUUUUGCACUCUCGGGACAUGACAAAGACGUUUGUUCCGUCUUCACCCGUCCAACCGACCCUCAAGUUGUUACCGGAUCUCAUGAUUCCACCAUUAAAUUUUGGGACCUUCGAUAUGGUAGAACAAUGACAACUCUAACGAAUCAUAAGAAAGCUGUCAGAGCAAUGGCGCUCCAUCCAACAGAGAAUGCUUUUGUUUCUGCAUCGGCUGAUAACAUCAACAAGUUUAGCCUUCCUAAGGGAGAGUUUUGCCACAACAUGCUUUCUCAGCAAAGAGCCAUAAUCAACGCAGUGACUGUGAAUGAGGAUGGUGUAAUGGUCACUGGAGGUGAUAAUGGAAGCUUAUGGUUCUGGGAUUGGAAGAGUGGUCACAGUUUCCAACAGGCAGAAGCUAUUGUACAGCCUGGUUCGCUGGAGAGUGAAGCUGGUAUAUAUGCAGCGUGUUACGAUCAGACGGGUUCAAGGCUGGUAACGUGUGAGGCAGACAAGACCAUAAAGAUGUGGAAGGAAGACGAGAACGCUACUCCUGAAACCCAUCCUCUUAACUUCAGACCUCCCAAAGAGAUCAGACGCUUCUGA